AUGAGCCCAUUGAAAAGAAUCAGAAUAAUAAAAAUGAUUCAAGUCUGGCAACAACUGAAGAAUAAAAUUAUAGGCUCUAAUCCUAAUGCUUUCAAUUUAGAAGAUUUUAACGUGGUCAAAGAAGGUAAGGCAGAGAUUCUUUUCCCAAAGAAAGAUACGGUAUUCUACAACCCAAUCCAACAAUUCAAUAGAGAUUUGAGUGUAUGCUGUAUCAAGGCUUGGGACCAAUUAUACAGAGAGAAUAAGCACAAGAAAGGCAGUAAGAGAUCUUCUGAAGACGAACCAUUGGAGAAACGUAGAAAAAUCAACACUGAUAAUGAUGAUAGGCGUUAUAUGAGAAUUCUUGAAGCACUCUCUGCAACUGGGUUAAGAGCCAUCAGGUAUGCACAUGAAAUCCCUCGUGUCAAGAAAAUUGUUGCUAAUGAUUUACUACCUGAAGCCGUUGAAUCCAUUAGGCGUAACGCUGAGUAUAACCACGUAGAAGAGUUGGUCGAGCCCAACACCGAUGAUGCAAAUGUACUCAUGUACCGCAAUAAAGCGUUGAACCAAAAGUACCAUGUCAUAGAUUUGGAUCCAUAUGGUACUGUGACUCCAUUUAUCGAUUCUUCGCUACAAGCCAUUGAGGAAGAUGGAUUAAUGCUAGUUACUUGUACCGAUUUAUCAGUAUUGGCGGGAAAUGGGUAUCCAGAAAAAUGUUUUGCCCUCUAUGGAGGUGUCAAUAUGGUUUCUCAUGAAGCUACUCAUGAAUCGGCACUAAGAUUAGUGCUUCAUCAAUUGGGACAAUCGGCGGCCAAGUACAAGAAAACCGUUGAACCAUUACUGUCAUUGAGUAUCGAUUUUUACGUUCGUGUAUUCGUUAGAAUACGCACAAGCCCCAUUGAAGUCAAAAAUUUACAAGCAAAUACAAUGACGGUUUAUCACUGUUCUCAGUGUGGGUCGUUCCAUGAACAACCAUUGGGUCGCACCAGUGAAAAAGUCACCAAGAAAAACCAGCCCAUUAAGAAAUAUUCAGUGGCACAGGGACCACCAGUGGACUCGAAAUGCAAAUUCUGUGAUGGUACUUAUCACUUAGCGGGCCCCAUGUACGGUGGACCCUUGCACAAUAAAGAAUUUAUUGAAAAAGUGUUGCAAGUUAACGCUAACCACGACGAUGAUACCUAUGGUACAAGACGUCGUAUUGAAGGUAUGUUAGCAUUGGCCCAAAAUGAAAUUCCAAAUGCACCAUUCUAUUUCUCUCCAAACCAUCUGUCAUCGAUUCUCAAGUUGCAAGUGCCACCAUUAAAGAAGAUUGUUGCCGGUCUUGGAUCUUUGGGAUACGAGUGCUCAUUGACACACGCGCAACCAUCAUCAAUCAAGACGGAUGCGCCAUGGGAGGCAAUUUGGUAUGUGGUUGCACACAGUGAUGAUCAAUUGCACAACAAAAAACUCAAGGAGAACAGCAUUGGGCACAGAAUUCUGAACAACAUGAAAUCCUGGUCCAAAGACCAGGAUUUCAAAACACUAAGUUAUGAACCAAACGAUCAAAGCGGCAAAGUGGAAUCCCUAAGAAAGUUGAAGAUCGUAAGAUACCAAGAGAACCCAACGAAGAACUGGGGACCCAAAGCCCGUCCAACUUCAUCGUAA